AUGGACCGGGACGGGUCCCGCCACGCCGGCACGGAGCCUGAGCCCUCGGCCGCCCUGGCGGCUCGCGACCCGAGCCCAGGCAGGUCGGCGUCGGGCGGCAGCACGCGCUCGGCGGGCGGGCGUCCGGCGGCGGCGAACGCGGCAAGGGAGCGCAGCCGCGUGCAGACCCUGCGCCACGCGUUCCUGGAGCUGCAGCGCACGCUGCCGUCGGUGCCGCCCGACACCAAGCUGUCCAAGCUGGACGUGCUGCUGCUGGCCACCACCUACAUUGCGCAUCUCACUCGCAGCCUGCAGGACGAUGCCGAGACGCCGGCGGAGCCCGGGCUGGGGACCCUGCGCGGCGACGGCUACCUGCACCCAGUCAAGGUAGGUGCUGGGGCGGAGCGAAGCCGGAGCGGCGCACCCAGGCCCAGCCUGGCCCCGCGAGCUCUGCCUGGCCCAGCGGUGGAGCCUGUGAGUCCUUACUUCCUUCUCCCAGCUUGUCCUUGGCUAGCAGGCAUGCGCUUAACCACUACCUCUCUUGGGCUCCUUCCAUCUAUUGAACAGCCACCAAGCAAAACUGUAACAUCUGUUCAUACAAUUUCGAGAGUAGAGUAA